AUGGGCACACCCGGCGACGAACCUCCUCUCAAGAAACAUGCCAGCGAGGUGAUGGUGAAGCAAGAGCCUGACAUGGCUGCAAGCUCGGGAUCCAAUGACGUGCAGGGUCCUGUAAAUCUACAGGUUGCACUCUCGUGGAAGAACAAGGUCAAGGAGGCAUUGAACAAGCGGAAAAGGCUCCUCGAGGAUGAGUUGCAGUAUUUGAACGGGGACGGGGCGCUGUUAGAUUAUUUUCAUGUGUCUCAGAAGGCUGCAGCUGCUUCCUCUGCUCCAGCUGCUGCCACUCUUGGCCAUGAUGUACACAAAUCUUCCGAGAAGUCCCAGGGAUUGUCUGAUGAAGACAAACUUAUUCUUGCUAAAGCCAAGGCAAUUGAGCAGAAGUUGAAGUUUAAAGCCAAAUGGCCGGAACCUCCUCGUCGUAAAGUUCAUCAUGAUUAUCUUCUAGAGGAAAUGACAUGGCUAGCAACGGAUUUCCGUCAAGAGCGGAAAUGGAAGAUGGCAGUUGCCAAGAAGGUUGCCUAUGCUUGUGUCAAAUAUCAUGCACAAAAACAACUACGUGCAGAGCGUGCAGAUAAAGACAAGGAAAAUGUUGCAAGAAAGAAAGCUGGAAAGAUUGCAAAGGAAGUCAAAAAAUUUUGGUCACAAAUUCAAACACUGGCGCAGCACAAGCAACAAGUGCAAGUAGAUGUUGAGAAGAAGAAAAUGCUUGGGAAGCACCUUGAUUUCUUAGUUGAUCAAACGGAGAAAUACUCAACUAUGAUUGCACAGGAUCUUGCAGUCCCCCAAAAACAAAAUCCUGUGCCGCAGCCGAAACCUACUGAAACUCAAGCAGUUAGUGCAAAAGGCCAUGAUGGAGCUAAAUCGGGUGAAAAUGAGCAGAUCUUUGGAAACAGCACCGGAGCUCAGUCUGCAACAGACGAUAUGGAAUAUGCGGUUGAAGAUGAUGAAGACGAUGAUGAGGAGACCAUGGAAGAGGCUGAGAAAGAUGAGAACAAAGCUGAUGUUGCUGAAGAAGCCGCAAGUACUGCCAAAGAUGAAAGUGAAGAGGCAAAGAAUGAAAUGUCAGUUGACAAACCUUCAGAUCAGAGCGAAGUUCCCAAGCAGGAUACUGAGGGUGAAGUUAAAGCAGAAGAACCUGGUGGAAUAUCUGCUGAGGCGAAAGACGUAGCAGACAUGGCUCGUACUCUUGCUCCAACUGGACAUACUCUCGCUACAACUCAAGUGAAGACAGAAGUUCCGUUCUUGCUCAGUGCCAACUUGAAGAUGAGAGAGUAUCAACACAUUGCCCUUGAUUGGAUGGUUGCUCUUUAUGACAAGGGACUUAACGGAAUACUAGCGGAUGAGAUGGGACUUGGCAAGACCAUCAUGACGAUAUCUGUAUUGGCAUACCUUGCAUGCGAACGAGGAAUAUGGGGCCCUCAUCUCAUUGUUGUUCCCACCAGCCUUUUACUGAACUGGGAGAUUGAAGUGAAGAGAUGGUGUCCUUCCUUCAAGGUCUUAACAUAUUAUGGAAGUCAGAAAGAAAGAAAGGCUAAGCGCCAGGGUUGGUCCAAGCCGAACUCUUUCCACAUCUGCAUUACCUCAUACAAGAUGGCUGUCCAGGAUCAAAAGAUGUUUCGAAGAAAGAAAUGGAAGUACAUGAUCUUGGACGAAGCACAUAACAUUAAGAAUUUCCAAUCUCAACGAUGGCAAGUACUCCUCAAUUUUCGUUCCAAGAGGAGACUUCUUCUGACAGGCACCCCACUGCAAAAUAAUUUGAUGGAACUGUGGUCACUGCUUCAUUUUCUCAUGCCUCAUAUUUUCUCUUCGCACUCCGAAUUCAAAGACUGGUUUGCCAAUCCGCUCAUGAGCAUGGUUGAAGGCACGAGCGCGAUGAAUGAUUCGUUGGUUCAGCGACUUCAUUCAGUUCUCAGACCGUUCAUUUUGAGGAGGCUGAAGAAGGAUGUCGAAACACAAUUGCCAAACAAACACGAGCACGUUGUAAAUUGUCGUCUUUCCAAGAGGCAAAGAUGUUUGUAUGAUGAUUUCAUGGCUGCUGGAUCAACACAAGCAAAGCUGCAAUCUGGCAAUCUUUUGGAAGUCAUCAACGUUUUGAUGCAAUUAAGAAAGGUUUGCAACCAUCCUGAUUUAUUCGAGGAAAGACCAAUUGUCUCGCCUUUCGAUUGUACGAAUACUGUGAUACAUAGUUCGGCAGAAUUUUCCAGCGUUAGUCGAUGGAAUCCGCUCUCAGAUGUCGAUCUCAAGGGCCUGAACUUUCUCUUUAGCGAGUUUGAAAACAUUUCAAAGUUUGAUGCCCAGCUUCUGGCAGAUCGGCAUGCUAGCCGGAAAUUGAUUGUGGAAUUGGGAGAAAGUCUCACUUCGUAUGAGGAAUAUUCCAAUUUGCAGGCUGAAAAGAGGGAAUGGAGUUCAGUGUCUGAGUACAAAGAGUACCUGAUGAAUAAGAGAAAGAAGAUGAAGUCGUACCGAUUCAGCCAAAUGAUGAUGGUCAACGAAAGGCGGUGCCAGGGAACCCCGAUUUAUGGAACCAGUUUGUGUCGUUUGAUUGAAUCUGUGAGAAGACCGGUCGAUGAGGUUGUUGCGCUUGCAAGUGACCCCAAGCGCUAUUUCGAGUACACCGACACUUUGCGGAACCUUGUGUUGACAUCUCCUGAGAGAGUUUUUGGUAGAGGUGGCAAGGAAGGCUGCAUUUCGACCAAGCUCUUGCACCCGAUGUACGAUUUAGAUGACCGCGAAGUGGAUAGCCUGUAUCAUAUUUUGACCAACUUUGUAUGUAUCAUUCCGAAGGCAAGGGCCUUGCCUCCGAGCGCGGUGUUGAGUCAUCCAAACCUGAACGAGAAUAUUGUGAACGAAGAUCGCGUGCUGGAUUGCAGACAUUGGUUUUCAUCAUUCAACGAUGUCUGCAGACCUGCAUAUAUUCGUCAACAAUUGUACUUCCCAGACAAAAGGUUGUUGCAAUACGACUGUGGCAAGCUACAAGUUUUGGAUGGAAUGUUACGCAAACUCAAGAGCGAAGGUCAUCGUGUGUUGUUGUUCACGCAGAUGUCGAAAGUUCUUGAUAUCUUGGAAACUUUUCUCAGCUUUCACGGACAUGUGUACAUCAGACUAGAUGGCGCAACCAAAAUUGAGAUGCGUCAGAAGCUUGUUGAAAGGUUUAACCAGGAUCCAAAGAUUUUGGUUUUUAUCUCGUCGACACGUGCAGGGGGAGUAGGGAUAAAUCUGACAGGGGCAGAUACUGUCAUAUUUUACGAUAGUGACUGGAAUCCUGCUAUGGAUCGACAAGCGCAAGAUCGUUGUCACAGGAUUGGGCAGACGAGAGAAGUCAACAUCUAUCGACUGGUAAGCGAGAGUACCGUCGAAGAAAACAUUCUCAAGAAGGCUCGACAAAAGUUACAACUGGAAAAUCUUGCACUGAAAGAUGGAGCUGCUAGCCUCUUCAACCCAGACAUGUUCAAAAAGAUUGAUGUAAGAGAACUAUUUGAGGAAGAGAAGGCCCCUGUAGAACAAGUAGAAACAAAUCCCUUGGCACAUCUUCAAGCGCAAGAAAGUGCCACUCCUGUCAAGGAUUCCAAAGGUGACAAGGAUUCACGAAAGAAUGUUCUUAGCGACAAAGAGUGGGAGCUUGCGAUUGCAAAUGCUGAAGACGAGCAAGACGUUGAGGCCAUGAAGAUUGCGAAGCAAGAGGAACGUGAAGAGAUGGCUGAUUUUGAGGACGAGGCACCAGCUGAUGCAGGCGAUCGAGAUGUUUCUGAAGCGGCGCAAGAUGAUUUUGGACUUGGCAAAGUUGAAGCCGUUGCGAUGGCAAUUGAGAGCGAGCUCAUGCCAGUGCAACGAUAUGCGCUACAAUACUUGGAGAACGAGUUCAAGCAGGCAGGAAUUACCCUAGUUGCUGGCGUGAACUUUGACAAGGAGCAAUGGGAGAGAGAUCAGCUUCGCCGUAUUCGUGAUCAAGACGCCGAUCGCAUGUAUGAUGAAGAUGAAAUCCUCUAUUACGAGGUUUCUGGAUGCUCACAACAGGUUUAUCGUGAACUCGUAAAUCGCUUGCAGUCAGGGUUUGAGAAAUCGAACCUUGACUUCGGUGGUUUUUACGAGCCACCCAAUCCCGAUGAUGACAAGUUCACUUAUAUCAACGAACCCAUGUACCAGGAUACAGAUAUUGACUGA